AUGGCCAGUAAAGGGAAAUCGCGGUGGGCGCAGGAUGAAGACGACAGUGCUGCGAGCAUUGCGGCGAGCAUUGCGCAACGGAAAAGAGAGAAAGAGGAGAAGAGGCGAGCAAAGGAGGACAGGCUGCGACAAGCUGACGCUCAACAAGUCCAUUCGCCUUCGCCACCGCCAGUCGACCCUCCCGCUGCCAAUGGAGAUGUGGAGAGGCCUUCGAAGCGGCUCAGGACCCAUGUGGACACGCAUCCACCGGGCGAUGGACGUGCCCCCGCCCCCGAAUCGCAGCUUCUCCCCUUUCCCGCCCGGCGCUUUGCAGCCUGUCGAGACGUCGACGAAUAUGAGCGGCUGAACGAGAUCGAAGAAGGCUCCUACGGACUCGUAUCGCGUGCGCGUGAGAAGGCCACCGGAACCGUGGUGGCGCUCAAGAAGCUGAAGAUGGACCACGCCAACGACGGCUUCCCCGUCACCGGCCUGAGAGAGAUCCAGACCCUGAUGGCAUCGCGACAUGCCCACAUUGUCCGCCUGCGAGAAGUCGUCACGGGCGCCACGUGGAAAGACAUCUACCUCGUCAUGGAUUUCCUCGAACACGAUCUCAAGACUCUGCUCGAAGACAUGGCCGAGCCCUUCCUCCCCUCCGAGAUCAAAACCCUGAUGCUCCAGAUCGUGUCCGCCACCCAACACCUGCACGCGCACUGGAUCCUGCACCGCGACCUCAAAACCUCCAACCUCCUGAUGAACAACCGCGGCGAAAUCAAACUCGCCGACUUCGGCAUGGCGCGCUACACCUCCCAACCGUCACCACCCAAACUCACCCAGCUCGUCGUCACGCUGUGGUACCGCUCGCCGGAACUCCUCCUCGGCACCGACACCUACGGCGCCGAAAUCGACAUCUGGAGCCUCGGCUGCAUCUUCGGCGAGCUGCUGACCAGAGAUCCGAUGUUCCAGGGCAAGAACGAAGUGGACCAGCUCUCCAAGAUCUUUGCCUCCCUGGGCCCACCCACCAAGGAAAACUGGCCCAAUUACCGCUCCCUCCCCAACGCGAAAGCCUUACACCCACUUCUCUCUUCCUCCUCCACCUCCAAACGCCAACCACAACUCAACUUCCCCUACCUGACCACAUCCGGCCACCGGCUCUUGAGCUCGAUGCUCUCCCUCAACCCGUCCUCCCGACCCGCCGCCGCCCAGAUCCUGGCCCACCCGUACUUCCACAACGAAGACCCCCGCCCCAAAGCCAAGGAAUUCUUCCCCACCUUUCCGAGCAAAGCGGGCCAGGAGAGGAGGCGGCGCAGGGAGACGCCGAACGCGCCGUUGAGGGGCGACAAGACUGCCCCAUUUGAUACGGAACUUGGAAAAGGCAGGUGUGCCAAAAUGGCGUCGAGUUCUGCCACACUGUCAUUCCGUACACCUCCGCCCUCGGGUUCUUAUGCUCAGAUCUGCUUCCCCACUCCACCGGUCCUCCUUGUCAUCUUCAACCGGCCCAAGUCUCUCAAUUGCAUAGAUAUACCUUCCCACUGGGAAUUGCAUGCCCUCUUCGAAUGGUACGACAAUGAGCCUUCUCUUCGAGCCGCCGUCGUGACAGGAACGGGCCGCGCCUUCUGCGCUGGCGCGGAUCUGAAAGAAUGGAAUGUACAGAACAGCAGUGGCGAUGGCGGCAGGAGAGACAUGCCACCUUCGGGUUUCGGCGCUCUCUCCAGAAGAGCUGGGAAGAAGCCAGUCAUCGCUGCUGUCAAUGGACUGGCGUAUGGAGGUGGAAUGGAGAUGUGCACGAAUGUAGAUCUGGUGAUCGCUUCGAAAUCAGCAGCUUUCGCACUGCCAGAAGUCAAACGCGGUGUUGUUGCCAUUGCAGGUGCAUUACCUCGGAUAGUACGGACAAUUGGCCGCCAGAGAGCCAUGGAAAUGGCGCUGACGGGGCGAACGGUGAGUGCAACUGAAGCGCAGUCGUGGGGUUUGGUCAACGCGAUGGUCGAAGAUGCAUCAGCAGACUCCGAGAUCAUGGACAGGCCGGUCACUGUGAAGGCGCUAGAGUAUGCCAACAUGAUUGCUAGUAAUAGCCCAGACGCGGUGAUUGUGAGUCGAGAAGGCAUCAAGAUGGGCUGGGAAGGUGUGGGGGCAGAAGAAGGUUCUAGAUUGCUGAUGGAAAUUUGGUGGAAAAGACUAUCCGAGGGCGAAAAUAUGAAAGAAGGCGUGAGGGCCUUUGUGGAGAAACGAAAUCCAGAUUGGUUGGCAAGCAAGCUAUAA